AGACGGCAAAUUUCAUCAUGGGCAAAUUUCACGGCCGCACGAAUCCCAGGCGGCGCCGGUCUCCUUUCCCGAGGCCAGAUCCAGAUCCAGAAUUGCAGGAUUUCUGACGCCGGGCUCGCAUGAUUGGGUGAAGCUUGGCGGCUCGUAGCUUUUACGUCAUAGCGGUCAGGUGAAAGCCAUCAUCGCGACGCCCGCAGCAGAGGUACAAAAGCCUCUUGCCUUCCUUGUCUUCUACAUUCUACCACAGUACGCCCGCCUCAGCUUAUCCACGACACUCAAACCUCUACACCAACACCCAGCCCUCCACGCAACCCAGUCCAAGCACAAUGUCUCUGCACUACCUCCCUCCCGUCAAGCCCUCUGCCAUCGCUCUCGGCACGGCCUUCAACCACGCCGUCUCUCUCGCCGUCCUCGGCCCCGUCUUCGGCGACGCCUACCGCCGCGCUCAGGCCGCAAACUCGAAGGAGGAAUACUUCAACUCGAAGGAAGCCGCGACUGCCGCUGCCUCGUGGGGUAGCUCGCUGCUCGGCUCAGCCGUCCAGGCAUACGGCGUUGGUGCGUUGAUCAACGCUACCGGAACCCUUUCGUACAAGGGUGCUGCCUACCUCGGCUCUUUGAUCUUCUUUGCUAGCUCUGCUCCAUCAAUCGUCUCCCAGAUCGUCACCGAGAAGCGCCCGCUCGACACCGUUGCCGUCGGAGCCCUCGCCCGCGUCAUGGAGACCGUCGGUCUCUCAAUGUUCCUCACCUACUGGGGUACCCGCACCAACCCCUUCGACUAAAGCGCUUCCUCAAUUGGUCUCGGUAGCGGAGGAGGAGUUCAGGGUUUCCGUCUUGGUGGCAUAGAUUGAGUUACUCAGUCCGCGAUGGAGAUGAGACACGACGAGCUUUGUGAUAAGGCUUGCCUUCGGGCUUGCAACAUGUACCACUAGGUCUAAACGAACCAGCAUAAUUCGGAAAUUUCCUGAGCACGAAUGAUCCUCCCCAGCCAAACGGAGGGCUGACGUCUUUGAAAUUUCCUGUCCGAAGUCUUAUCUCUUUGAAUGUCUGACAACACUUUACUCACUUUCGUUAUUUAACCCGCGCGGGAAUGAUGAAGAGGAAAGAGUUUGCAUCCGAUGCGUCGCAGCCACCACCCUUUGAGCAGUACCGGGAGCCCACGCUUACACAGCGCGGUGAUAGGUAUUCAUCUUAAGACCGGAUGGUUAGCGUAGUACUCACUCGAGCAGGGAAAUUUAUCCCUAUCAUCCAUGGAU